GGAGUUUCCCUUUCGCACGGUGUGAUGACGUCAUGGUAAAUCGGAAAUAACGUAAACAGUCGGCAGCUAUCUGGGGUGGGAUUGGGAUGGAUUCAUAUGUUGCCUGGAUUGUGGCUGGAUCUAUUUUCUUCCCGUCUGUCUUUUCAACUAUACGUAAAUGUUUACCUUUAUUGUUCCCAAAGAAUAACAUUGCCUCCGAAGCGUCCUGUGCAGCAAUUGCAUUAAGAUGUACAUCCAUAAUUCAGGCCCUUCUUGCUGUAGCUGUUGGUUUCAAUAUUAUCAGGGAAACUCAUCAGGAUGUUAUUUUCAGCCGAUGCUUACUAGUUGACAUCUAUUGCAGCUUUGGAGCACCAUACAUGAUCUAUGAUGUUGGUGCUAUGUAUAUUGUUCAUCGAAAGGAAAGGAAGUUAAAUGAUGUCCCAUUUAGAACGGCAGUAUCAUCAUUCUUGAAGGAAAAGUGGGUACUAGUUGCCCAUCACAUUGGACUGGUGAUCAUUUUCUACCCUUUUGUUAUGUUUCUUCGCAAUGGAAAGGGAGAUUUCUUCAUAGGUUGUUUCUUCCUGGCUGAGUUAAGCACCCCAGCAAUCAACAUCAGAAUAAUCCUUAUCAAGCUUAAUUUGGGAGACACAUUCUUCUUUAGGAUCAACAACAUAGCCUACUUAGUUAGUUUCUUCAUCUGUAGGAUUUUACUAUUUCCAUUCCUUUACUGGGCAUACGCCAUCAACAAGGGACUUUCUAUUUAUGAGACGUUAUCAUCCAUGAGGGCGAUAUGUCACAUUGGUUGUUCUGCCCUUUUUGCAAUGCAGGUCAUGUGGUUUUAUAAAUUCUUGAGAGUGGUCCUUCGUGACAAGAAUGCGAGGGUUCUGGAUCCUUUAAAACACAAUGGAAAUGGUAUGCAAGAAAAUAAUGUGCCACUGGUAAGGAGUGAAGGCAAAGCUGAUUAACAUCAACAUCAGGGGACCAUUUUACUAAGCAUUUAGUGAUUUUCAGUUAGUGUUAAAAGCUACUGAAAUCUGCAGAUCUGAUUGGUUGAGAGCAUUUUUUUAUAGUGAAAAGGGAUUGCAAAGUUGUGGUGAGAAGGUGUGUGUCAUUUAUGCAUAAUGAAGAAAUCUAUUAUCAAUGUCUUAUGUAUUAAAAUAAAUUGGGAUGAAAUUUUGGCCGAAACUAUGCCUCAUGAUCAGUUUCCACAUGAUGUUAUACUACCUAUGUAAUUAGGAAUCUUUGUCAAAUAGGAAUAUGUGAGGCAUCAUGGUCUGGUAGUUAUAACUCAUCUCUCAAUCUGAAGGACGUGGGUUCGGAUACCAGCCAUGGCAUGUUUUACUUCAGUAAGAAAUUUACCCACAUUGUGCUGCAUUCGACCCAGAUGAGAUGAAUUAGGUUGGAUACCUGGUAAGAAGAAAUUCCUUGAAUGCUUCAUCACCUAUCGGCAUUGCAGCUAAAGCCGGGGUAAUAAUUGCAGUGCUUUGUAUCCUCAGACAAGAAGCGCUUUAUGAAUCCACUUAUUAUUAAUACUAAUAAUAUAAUUUUGAAAACUGAAUCUUUUUUCACAACUAAAGCUAACUACAAAUAUGUAUUAUUGAUCAAUUUCAAUCUGACUGUAUCAGUUAUUGUGUUUUUUAAACAAGUGUGGUAGAGAUUACUUAGAAGUUUGUGUAUCCCAGCUAAUGUGAAAAGUUAAGCAAAAGUCAAAUAGUUUAAUCUCAGAUUGCAUCACCAUAUAGCUACAUUCGAUUUUCAAUGGAUAUUGUUUUUUUUUGCAGAAACCGGAAUUUAAUAAUUUGUGGAAUAAUUUAUGUUACAACGGAUACAUAAUGAGCCAUGGAUAAAGGUUUUGGCAUGGAUGAUACUAAUAUCAAGAUAUCUGUAACUUAAUAUGCUCAACACACAAGUCAGAAAAAAAAAAACAUUUGGCAUGAAGCAAUUAGGGUCUCUUUUUCAAAUACCUUUUGAAGAACAUGAUUGUUUUCCAAGUCUCAUCUUUACACUAUACAUGUAUAUAAAACGUGUUUUCAUACCCCAUAGGAUAAUGCAGCUCACCAGAAAUAUGCUUUAUAUUGCAAUAUCAUUGUUUGAUUCAAAUUUCUGUAUUUUAUACCCAAAAGAAUACUCCUACAUUUGCGUUAAUGUAUUUGGGAUUUUCCAACAUGUGAUUGUCCUUUUAUGUCAGCAAUAAUUUGUGUUUUAUACAGUUUUAUUCUUUUCAGAUUUUUUUGCAUUUCACACUUUUAUGACAGAUAAUAUUAUUCCUAUGCAAAGUUAUCUAUUUCAUAUGUAUUAUCUUUUUAUUACAAUGAAAAUUGUCUAUUUGUUUUCUUGCAAUAUUUUCUUCAACUUUGUUGAGUAGGAAAAUUUGAUAAUUAUAGAUUAUUUGAUGAGUUGCAUUUAUAUGUACCGCAUAUUUGAUCUUUUCAUUCCAUCAACUCAUUUAAUACUCUUUAGAGUUUAGAAUUAAGAUUAUCUGUACUAGUUUAAGACGGAUAUGAAUCAAUAUACCAUGGGAGUCCAAAAAGCUUGACACCUCACAAAUUCCCGGUUUAAGGAAAAAAUAUAAAAUGAGCUCAUAUAUGGCUGGCAAGAGUAUCUUCUCCAGAAGUUUUUUUUUUACUCACACAGUAGUUAAGUUACAAACUUGGAUGAAGGUUUAAAGUGAAGAGAUAUAAAGACUAAAUUACUAAUUAGAAUCACAACUCAAAUGUUAUAUUGUUUGUUGCAUUCAAAUCCUAUCCAUAUAUAUAUAUAUAUAUAUAUAUAUAUAUAUAUAUAUCAUCAAAAUCUGGUUUCAUUCAAAGUUAUUUCGUAUACACAUAUAUUAUACAUAUUGGUUUGAGAAAGUAUCAUAGAGAAUUAUUCAACCGAGUUUAGACUGGCAAAUACUAUUUUUUUCUGAGAUUCAGCAUUGGCUCCAUAUAGUUUUCAACGUUUUUGCCGGGGGAGAUCUGCACAUGCUCAAUAAUUCAUUUACCGUAGCUCCAAAUAGUUUUUCCCAGGAAAUUGAGGAAUAUAUAGUGGAAAAAUAUAUUUAGUCACAUGAGCACCACGUGACUAAUUAAGAAAUAACUUUGAAACUAGAUUUUAUAAGUAUAAGGCAUUUCUUCUGUCUUUGAUCUUGUCACUUGCACCUUCAAUCAUUAUUUGACAGUAAUAGGUGCAUUAUCUACCAGAAUCAGUUUUUGUUAAAAAAAUACCUGGUGCUUGUCCAAUAACAAAGAAGAUGAUUUAUAUUAGGUAUCUAUUGGUAUCAAGUUAAUGUUUCACGAAAGUAAAUUUUUAUAAAAGAAUGGAAAGAGAACUGACUGGCUUCCUAUGGGGGCUGGUGCCCUUAUUUGCUAGAGCUCCUGUGAGUACUGAGCUGACCGGGCUUGCCCCUUAAAUUGUC